UAGUGAAUUUGACUUGUUUUUUAGUCCUUUCUUAGUUUGUUCCCAUAUCCCUUGAGAAUAAAUCCUAUAUUGGUGUGUAUGGGUUGCGUUCCCUUUCAUAGCUCGAGCAUGUUUAGGAACAAUACUAUUUCUUUUGGAAGACAAUUGCAUGAGUUUUUUUUUGGAAGUUUACCGUGGCAUCUUAGAGUCCACCUUCAUCAGUUGGAAGUUGAUCCAGAACACCAAUUCCAUUACAAAGGCAAUAUUUCAGACGGUGACGAGAUCUCCCCCAUUGCAUCCAUACCUCCAUCAGGCGAAAUCAUGAAGCAGGCGACGUCGAUGGAAUCGCAGGCAAGCUCCGACUCUGGCGAAGUCAAGCUUGAAGACGGAGCUGAUGGCGAGCUCAAAACCCUAGCUACAGGCGAAGCUGAGUUGGAGAAGGCGAGAUCUGAGUCGACAGGCGAAUCGACAACUACAGGCGGAAUCACGACCUCAUGCUGACGAGCUGCUGAAGGCGGAUUCGAAGACCCCAGUGCAGGCGGAGAUUGAGCUCGCAUGCGAGCUUUUGAACAGGCGAACUCGAUUCGCCUGCUACGGAGAGAGAGAGAGAGAGCUCGCCUGCUCGUUGCGUUGGAUCCAGCUGGAUCCCACUCCCCUUUCAGCCUUAGGGUUUCCCUAUUUAAGGGAAUCCUGUGCACGAGAGAAAAAUACCCGUUUUCUCUUCUUCUCAUCUAAAUUAUUCUGGCGGCGGCCACAAAAGCAGAGCUUUAACGGAGAAUUUUUCAGAGGAAAAAUCUCCUGUUUCCUGUAGCGAUUUAUUAAGGAGAGAGCGAGAGGGGAGAUUUUACUGUUGUCUCUUCUUUUGAGAAAUCUCAAGUCGAGAUUUGCUCUUUACAAGCUUUGUAAUCUUCUUUUAAUAUAAAGAAAAUUAUUUGUGUGGCUCUCG